AUGAUUAUAAAAAAUUUUAAAAUAAAUAAAUCAAAUAUAUGUACUUUUUAUAUAAAAAGUACAGGACAUAAUACUUUUAUUUCUAUUUUUAAAGAAACAAUUUUAAUUAAAAAUAAUAAAGUUAAACCUAAUCAAAAAUUAAUAAAAAUUUUUUCUUGUGGUUCUUUUGGGUUUAAAAAUAGAAAAAAAGAAACCCCUUUUGCAUGUAGUAUAUUAGCUAAUAAAAGUUCUUUAUAUGCUUUACAAAACGGAGCUAAAUAUAUACAUAUAAUUUUCAAAGGUAUAAAUAUUUUUAAAAAAAUUAUAUUAACUACUAUUAUUAAAACUAAAUAUAAAAAUAUAAAUUUACAAAUAUUAUCAAUAACAGAUGUAACGCAAUACCCACAUAAUGGGAUGUAG